CCAUUUAUGUUGUUUCUUUCUGAAACUAUCAAAAUGUUGAAAUUUAAUUUUAAUUUUUAAUUCAUUAAAAUUUACACUUAAAGGAAUAAAGAUAAGGAGCAGCUAAGGUAAGGUUUUUAUUAAAACAAUUGCAUUUUUCAACUAUCAUUCUAGAAUUGUAUGAACUGUCAUGCAAUUUCAAGUUUUUUUUUAUAAUAAAUUUAAAUGAUUUAAUAAUGUCUAAAAACCUAAAAAUACUUGAAAUUUCUUGACAGUUCAUAAAAUUAUAUAAGAUGAUUGAUGAAAAAUUCAAUUGUUUGAAUCAAAAUUUUAACGCAUUAUCAUUUAGUCAAUUUUGGUUUUAGAGCUAUGGUAAAAUGGAUCAAAUUGACUCAAAAGACUAGAUCUAUCCGAAUUAUUGUGUCAGCCGCUCAGAAUGGAUGAACGUUAUUGCUGGCCAAUCAUAAUAAACGACGUUGUAGCCGUUGUCAGGGGGUUUCUACGGUACCGAAAUAAUAUUCCGAUCGAAUUGAUUCGCAUUUGCAAAUUUGAGACGUUUACGCAUUAAGUUUGAACAUUAAAAAAAAAACUCAAUAAAAUGGAUUUUUUAGGUCUGACGAUAAUAUCAUUUACUACCGAUAAAGUUUUAGAUAUUAUAGACACCAUCAUGAACACCACAAUCGCUACCACGAGCGGCAGAAACGUGACGGAAAGUUUGCUGGCUCUAACCCUCGGGGUCGUUGAUAUCAUCGAUACGGCAGACGCCGUCGUUGAAGACGGCGAAUGCGAUGCAAACGCUAUUUUGGAAAAAUAUGUGGGAGAAAUACCGGCUGCGCAACAACUAGCCCCCCGCGAACGACAAGAGAAAAAAGAACAAGAAUUGAUUGUAUCGAUGAGCCGAUCGUCGCAUGACGGCGGAGACGCGCCGGAAGGUUUGUCAGCGCCAACCCUGGUGGCCAUUGAUAUCUUCGAUACGGCAGAAGCCGUCGUCGAGGACGAGCCAAAAGGCAAAUGUGAUGCAAUUGCUAUUUUGGAAAAAGAUGCGGGAGUAAUACUGGCUGCGCAACAACUAGCCAACCGCGAACGACUAGAGAGAAAAGAACAAGCAUUAAUUGUAUCGAUGAGCCGAUCGUCGCAUGGCGGCGGAGACGCGCCGGAAGGUUUGUCAGCGCCAACCCUGGUGGCCAUUGAUAUCUUCGAUACGGCAGAAGCCGUCGUCGAGGACGAGCCAAAAGGCAAAUGUGAUGCAAUUGCUAUUUUGGAAAAAGAUGCGGGAGAAGUACUGGCUGCGCAACAACUAGCCAACCGCGAACGAAAAGAGAGAAAAGAACAAGCAUUAAUUGUAUCGAUGAGCCGAUCGUCGCAUGGCGGCGGAGACGCGCCGGAAGGUUUGUCAGCGCCAACCCUGGUGGCCAUUGAUAUCUUCGAUACGGCAGAAGCCGUCGUCGAGGACGAGCCAAAAGGCAAAUGUGAUGCAAUUGCUAUUUUGGAAAAAGAUGCGGGAGUAAUACUGGCUGCGCAACAACUAGCCAACCGCGAACGACUAGAGAGAAAAGAAGAAUUGAUUGUAUCGAUGAGCCGACCGUCGCAUGGCGGCGGAGACGCGCCGGAAGGUUUGUCAGCGCCAACCCUGGUGGCCAUUGAUAUCUUCGAUACGGCAGAAGCCGCCGUCGAAGACGAGCCAAAAGGCAAAUGCGAUGCAAUUGCUAUUUUGGAAAAAGAUGCGGGAGAAAUACUGGCUGCGCAACAACUAGCCAACCGCGAACGACAAGAGAGAAAAGAACAAGCAUUAAUUGUAUCGAUGAGCCGAUCGUCGCAUGGCGGCGGAGACGCGCCGGAAGGUUUGUCAGCGCCAACCCUGGUGGCCAUUGAUAUCUUCGAUACGGCAGAAGCCGUCGUCGAGGACGAGCCAAAAGGCAAAUGUGAUGCAAUUGCUAUUUUGGAAAAAGAUGCGGGAGAAAUACUGGCUGCGCAACAACUAGCCAACCGCGAACGACAAGAGAGAAAAGAAGAAGAAUUGAUUGUAUCGAUGAGCCGAUCGUCGCAUGACGGCGGAGAUGCGCUGGAAGGUUUGUCAGCGCCAACCCUGGUGGUCAUUGAUAUCGUCGAUACGGCAGAAGCCGCCGUCGAUACGGUAGAAGCCGUCGUCGAGGACGAGCCAAAAGGCGAAUGCGAUGCAAACGCUUUUUUGGAAAAAGAUGCGGGAGAAAUACCGGCUGCGCAACAACUAGCCCCCCGCAAACGACGAAGACGUUUGGCUGCGGCGUGGCGCGUCAUAAAACGUUUCUUUUUAUGUGGAUGUUGCGCCCCGCGAGUAGAAUAACUGGCCUCCGACAAUUCAUUCCCCUCCUUCGCUGAAGACUUCUCCUGUGAUAUUAUGUUAUAAAUCUUAGUUUCGUGUUCCGUUUUCCGCCUUCCGUCGUCACCAAAAUCUCGUCAAUCGACACACCGUCGAAGCGCACGACAUCGAGCGCUAGCUGCCAUCGCCGUUGGCCCGAAGAAAAUCGAGCCCCGCUUUCCGUCGUGAUGGUCGAUGCGUUACUCGUUCACCCGUGCAGGAUCCGGUCGUGAAAAUGUGUGCAAAGGUGACCAGUAUAGAACUGGCAGUAUAAUGUCUUGCACCAUACGCCAUUUCAACCAUCUCAUAUACAGUGUGUUUCGUUUUAAAGGUAACACUAAAUAAUUCUGUCCAGUGAGAUCGGAUUGAUAUGCGGUUUUUUUUUUUUGGGGGGGGGGGGGGGGGAUAGGGAAUACAUAAAUACACAUUUAUUGAUGAUUUUUACAUUUUUAGAUCUUUCCGUGUGCGCAUGCGUAAUGCAACUUUUUUGUUUUUUUGUAAGUGGCGGCAGGUGUUUUGAACAUAGAUAAUAAAAGAAUGGAUAGGUCAUUCCUAUAUUAACAACAUAGGGGUUUGCGGGCCGGAAUAUGCAUGAGAGACAGACUGCUUUUAUAUAGUGCUCUCACUUUAGCAAGGGGUAUUAUCAUUUAUUUAUAUAGCUAUAUAUACAUAAAUAUUGCUGUAAUUUUGAUAUUUUGAUAAUAGAUAAAACCCCUUGUAACAUCAAAGUAAAAUAAUGUUCUUGCCCGUGCGAUAAGGCCUGAUGGCCUAUCCAUUCUUUUAUUAUCUUUGGUUUUGAAUAACAAAUUCAGGUAGACUGAAGUUUUCUAUGUCAAUUUGGUCCUCUUAACCAUAGUUCUAAAACCAAAAUUGACUAAAUGGCAACGAGGUAAAGUUUUAUUUAAAAUUAUUGCAUUUUUCAACAAUGAACCUAGAAUUUUAUGAAUUUUCAUUAAUUUUAGAUUCUGAACGAAGUGAUGAAUGUAUUGAUUUUACAAUGAUGUGUGUUUUUUUGUUUUUUUUUUUGUGUCUGUGUACAGCAUAACUAGUCGAAAUAAUGCUCCAAUUUCAAACUAUGGGGGUGGUUUCCGAUGUAAAAGUGAAUAUCCUUGGUGCAUUAUAAAGGUAAAAAGUAAACAUUUUCCAACAGUUUUCAAAAAAAAAUCGAGAAAAACAAAAAAAAAAAUGAUGGAAAAACGGGAAUUUUAACGAAAAUCCAGUUUUCGACCGAAUUGAUUUUUUUAUAUGGUUGUAAUUCACAAACUAAUCGCUGUAAAUACUUGAAAUUUUCACCAAAUGUUUAUAUUAGCGUUCUCCAUACACAGUUAAAUUUUCAAAGAAUUUUGACUUUUUUUGAACUAUUUAUAGACAAUUGAAAUUUUCAAUUUUUCUAAGUAUUUUUUUUUUAAAUAACAAUAAAAAUUUUUUGGCUGACCAGAAAAUCUUGAAAAUUGAAUACAAGGUUUCUUAUAAGUUGUUCUUAAAGUGAUAAAAAAAGUCACAAUUUUUUUUAUGAGUGCUUAAGUUCGUAUUUAUACGAAAUAUGUCAAAACUGCGAAAAUUUGCAAGUAAUUUUGUGGUUGGAAAAUCGUAAAAAUUUUUUCUUUUAUAACUAAGUUUUGAAAAUUUGGUACAAGAUUUUCCAUAAAUUUUUCUUCAAAUAUCUGUAAAAAAAACUACCGGAUUCAGACAAAAACUUUUUAUGAGUGUUUGAAAUUUAAAUUUUUACAAAACCGCGUUAAAUAACGGUUUAGCCUCAUAACGAUUUUUGAUAAUUGUUGUUUAUUCAAAUAGUAUAAGUCUCGUAAAUAUUUAAAAAUUUUACCAGUUAUUUAGAUUGUCAUUUUCUUUACGUGAUUUGAUUUUCAAAAUAUUUUGACUUUUUUUGAGCUAUUUAUAGACAAAUGAAAUUUUCAAUUUUCCUAAGAAUUUUUUUUUUGAAGUGUCGAUAAAAUUUUUUUGGCCCUAUCAAAAUAUUUGAAAAUUUUAUACAAAGUUUCUUAUAUUUUAUUCUUAUAGUGAUUAAAAAAUUAUAAGAAUACGUAGGCACAAUUUUUUUUUAUUAGUAUUUGAAGUUCAAAUUUUGACGAAAAUUUGUCAAAAUUAUGAAUAUUUGCAAAUUAUUUUGUAGGUAUAAUUUAUAAAAAUGUUUGUAUAGGUAGCUAAGAGUUGAAAAUUUAAUACAAGAUUUUUCAUAAGUUUAGCUAACAAUAAUUAUAAAAGAACUUAAAUUUUGGUGUAUUCAGGCCAUUAAAACAUAAACCACCUUUUUCACCAACCACUGGAAAUUAUAUUCUAGGGCUCUAGGCUGACAAAUCAUCUUCGUUCAGGAUCGUUUUUCGUAUACAAUGAUACCUAUCAUUGCAUUCAAAUUUAACCUACCCUAGUCCGAGAUGCACCCCCCCCCCCCCCCCCCUAAUGUACAGCAAAACGGUACCCACUUGCCCGCUUUUUUAGUAUUGUUUUUUUUGUAUAAUAUGUAGAUUUUAAGUCAUUAUUAAAUCAAUUUAAUUUAAUUUUGAACAAUUAAUUAACCCCAAUUAGACGUAAAUGUUUAAUUUACUAAACAAAUUAACACAAUAUUCAUAAUUUUAAUAAUUUCUAUUAUUUAUUUGGGUAAAAAAAAGUCUAAUAACUAUAUCUAAUAAAUUGUUCAAAAUUUAGCCCACCAUUUUCCAUACAUGAUUGAAGUCGACGAAUCUAAUAGUAUUAGUAUAUAUCUGUGGUUAUUAGUGUCAGAUUUAUACGAACUUUAAGAUAAUAUCAUUCUUAUCACACGAUAAAAAAAUUUGGUUUAUUUUAGUAAAGACUAUAAAUAAAAUUAUCAUAGAGAUUACAAGUAAUUACCCACUUUUAUCACGAAAAAUAACAAUAAAUGAUAAAAUUAAUAAUUGAAAUUGAAACUUUAUUAAUAGAAAUAAUGAGAAUAAAUCAUAUCUGUUCGUUUAAUCUUUUCUUAGUAAAUUAAACAUUUACGUCUAAUAAGGAUUAAUUAAUUGUUCAAAAUUACAUUAAAUUAUUUCAAUCAAUUAAAUUGAUUUAAUUUUGACUUAAAAUCUACAAAUACAAAAAUAAACAAUAAAUAAAUAAAAAAAAUAAAUAAAUAAAUAAUAAAAAAAUUAAAAAAUAAAUAAAUAAAUAAAUUCUAGGUUAAUUGUUGAAAAAUGCAAUAAUUUUAAAUAAAACUUUACCUCGUUGUCAUUUAGUCAAUUUUGAUUUUAGAGUUAUGGUUAAGAGGACCAAAUCGACUUAGAAAACUUCAGUCUACCUGAAUUUGUUAUUCAAAACCAAAGAUAAUAAAAGAAUGGAUAGGCCAUCAGGCCUUAUCGCACGGGCAAGAACAUUAUUUUACUUUGAUGUUACAAGGGGUUUUAUCUAUUAUCAAAAUAUCAAAAUUGCAGCAAUAUUUAUGUAUAUAUAGGUAUAUAAAUAAAUGAUAAUACCCCUUGCUAAAGUGAGAGCACUAUAUAAAAGCAGUCUGUCUCUCAUGCAUAUUCCGGCCCGCAAACCCCUUUUAUUAUCUAUGUUCAAAACACCUGUCGCCAUUUACAAAAAUACAAGUUGCAUUACGCAUGCGCACACGGAAAGAUCUAAAAAUGUAAAAAUCAUCAAUAAAUGUGUAUUUAUGUAUUCCCUAUCCCCCCCCAAAAAAAACCGCAUAUCAAUCCGAUGUCGCUGGACAGAAUUAUUUAGUGUUACCUUUAAAACGAAACACACAUUCUCCUUUCUCCUCAGUUUUGUGUCGUUCUGUCCCAAGUUUUUGUUUAUUUUUUUAUAUACAGUGUGAUUUUUUUAUCAAACAACACUCAUUAUUUCCAAAAGUAUUCAUUUUUUCGCGCGGAGUGGAGUGGAACGGGGUUACCCCGCAAAAUGUUUGUCCACUACUCCGCUUGUCUAAACUUUGAAUAAGUAUAACUCAUAAACUACUCACCCUAAAUUCGAUUUUUAUGUAUCAAAAUACUCAAAAAAUUAUUCUGCUUUGGAAUAUGAAAUUAAAAAUCUAUGUUGUCAUUCAAAAAAGUAAAAAACUUAAAAAAUUAUAAGAAUAAAAAAUAUUUAAAAAUUAAUUUUUUUAUAAAAAUGUUGUUUUUUUUAACAAUUUGAAACUAUGUAAAAAAAUAUUUUCAAAAACAUGAAUACUUUUGGAAAUAAUGAGUGUUGUUUGAUAAAAGAAUCACUCUGUAUAAAUUAUUAUUGUAUAAGCUACUUUGGCCACUUUUUUACGAAUGAAAUAUUGUUUUUUUUCCAAAUUUUAUGCCAUAUAGUCCACCCAUGUUUUUGUCAUUAAAAAAUUAAAUACUAUAAUAUAU